CUCUUAUGUAUAACCCCACCAAAUAUUAUUAUGUGGAGUAGGUUCACUCUUGAUCUUUAUCCACUGAUUUCAAGUAUCCCCAACUCAGACAAAAUGAAUUUUGUGAUUGUUAACCUCUGAAACACAAUGGGCAGAUCAAAGCUUUUACUAUAUCAUGGCCAGCUUGAAUGCUACAACACUAUUUUCUUCCAUUCCCUCUAAACCCUGUUCCUUACCAAAACCCAAAAAUCUCUACGUCCAUAUUGCCUUCUCUCCACCUUCAUCUUCUUCUUUUGGAGUGACUGCUUUCUCUGAAGGAACGGAAGGCGGCCUUGCGGAUCAAGAAGACGUUGCUACUUACUCUGGGUCUUUUUCUUCUGCUCAAUCGCAGCUAGACCUCUUAGACCAACUUACAUCCUCAGGGUCAUCAUCUGCCGACGGUUCCGAGAGCGGUGGUAUCACAAUACGGGAUCAGCUUGCUCAGCUGGUUGGUGAUCGAGAUGAUGAUUUCACGAUACCUUUAGGGAAGAAUCUAAAAAAAUAUAGUCCAAAGUUCCUAACCAUCUCGCAGAAGCGAAACAUCAAAAGACAGACAUACCUGAAUCAAGUUUCUAAGAGAAAUGAUUCAACUUUCUUCGCCACCAUUGGUGCCUUUGUCCUUCUUCCACCACUACUUAUACUAGGAAUAGCUAUUGCCACUGGUUAUGUGCAGCUUUUUCCAUGAUAAGGUUCAUCAAGUUUUGUACGAAGAAAAAGCAGUACUCCUGCACCAAUCUUAUACUGUAGGUUUUAAAGGUUUGUAAUUAGCUUUGCCCAAGUUUUUUAUGACAAAGUUUAUUGUUGGCACA